CCGAAAAUCCUUUAUUUGGAGGAAAGCCCACGGAUUCCUUCUGCACAGAGCUCUUUAAAAAUAGCCCUGACGGCAAACCAAACCGUCCCUUCUUCUCUUCGCUUUGUUUUCUCUGCAAAUCUCACACGCUAACCAAAACAACCACCGAACCUCAUUAUGCGUUCCUUUACAUCCCUCAAAAGAAACCGACCUUCCCUCCAUCAACUCGCCCUCAUCCAACGGUUCCAGCUCCGUCCAUCAUCAUCACUCCCCCUGAUCAACGCUGCUUCAAAUUCAAACCGCGACACCAGUAACCAAGAGAACCCACUUUGGGGUUCGUUUCUGAAAUGGGCUUCGGCGAUCACAGUCGGGUCGGGCCUAGGGCUCCUAUACUGGUCUCACGAUAAACCCUUGUUGUCUUUCGCUGAUUUCGCUUCUGCUGAAUCUACCGUGGAUGAUGCUGCUUCUUCUUCUUCUUCUUCUUCUUCAGUUUCUGCAUAUUUUCCCAAAUUAGCAUUGCCUCAAACCCCUAAGAACCUUUUUGGAGGUGCAUAUAGGAGAAGAGUUUUCUUUAACUAUGAGAAACGCAUGAGGUUGCGAAGUCCUCCUGAAAAGGUUUUUGAGUACUUUGCAUCUUUACGGUCCCCCGAUGGAGAAUUGCUUAUGAAACCAGCUGAUCUAAUGCGAGCAGUUGUUCCUGUUUUCCCUCCAUCUGAAUCCAACCUUGUUAGAGAUGGAUAUUUGGGAGGGGAAAGAAAUCCUGGAGAGUUACAUUGUGCUCCUUCAGAUUUCUUUAUGCUUUUUGAUGUAGACAAUGAUGGACUUAUAUCUUUUAAGGAGUAUAUCUUUUUUGUGACACUACUCAGUAUCCCAGAAUCAAACUUUUCUGUGGCAUUCAAAACUUUUGACAUAAACAAUAAUGGGGAGAUAGAUAAGAAAGAAUUCAAAAAAGUGAUGGCUUUGAUGCGAGCUUGUAAUAGACAAGGGGCUCAACACAGGGAUGGGCUACGAACUGGGUUAAAAGUCAAUGGUUCUGUAGAAAAUGGAGGCCUGGUGGAGUGUUUCUUUGGUAAGGACGGAAAUGAACACCUCCAACAUGAUAAAUUUAUCCAAUUUAUGCGAGAUUUGCACGAUGAAAUUCUGAGGUUGGAAUUUGAUCAUUAUGACUACAAAUCACGAAGAUCUAUAUCAGCCAAGGACUUUGCACUGUCCAUGGUUGCUUCUGCGGACAUGAGCCAUUUAGGCAGGCUGCUUGAUCGGGUUGAUGAAUUGAACAAUGUUCCCCAUCUUAUGGAUAUGCGCAUUACAUUUGAGGAGUUCAAAAAUUUUGCUAAGCUACGGAAAAAUUUGCAGCCAUUUGCUUUGGCCCUUUUCAGUUUUGGAAAAGUGAAUGGCCUGUUAACAAGAGAUGACUUUCAACGAGCUGCAUCUCAGGUGUGUGGUGUAUCCCUCUCUGAUAACAUGGUAGAAAUCAUUUUCCACAUGUUUGACUCAAAUCGUGAUGAAAAUUUAAGCUCAGAUGAGUUUGUAAGAGUGUUAUACAAUCGGGAAAGGGAUAUUGCUCAACCUAUGCAGGAAGGGUUCUUGGGCCUUUUUUCUAGCUGCAGGUACUGCCAAUGAUUGUUCCUUUUCUCAGUUGCUUUCUUGAUACAUGCCUGGGUCUAGGAUACUUAUCAUAGCUGGAAAGAUUCCAACCUGUUGUGAAAUAGGUAAUUUCCACUUAGAUUUCACUGUUGUCUUCUUGAUCCCUACCUGGGUCAGAGAGUGCAUGGACCCUUAAGGAUGCUUCUUAUAUGAUAGCUCAAAGGUUCGACCUUGUAAAUCAAACAGGUAACUUCUUGCUUAGGAAGUGACUUCACUAGGGGGGAAAAAUCACUAGCGAGUGUAUCAAAUUAUAGAUUCUGACAAUGAACUAUACUACAGAUUUUGUAGCAUAAUGUACAUUUGCCCACCUUAUAAUAAAGGAUGUAAUGUUUCAGGAA